AUGACCCGUGUGGCCUGUAUGACCCGUGUGGCCUGUAUGACCUGUAUGACCCGUGUGGCCUGUAUGACCUGUGGCCUGUAUGACCUGUAUGACCUGUAUGACCCGUGUGGCCUGUAUGACCUGUGUGGCCUGUAUGACCUGUAUGACCCGUGUGGCCUGUAUGACCUGUAUGACCCGUGUGGCCUGUAUGACUUGUGUGGCCUGUAUGACCUGUGUGGCCUAUAUGACCCGUGUGGCCUGUAUGACCCGUGUGGCCUGUAUGACCUGUGUGGCCCGUAUGACCCGUGUGGCCUGUAUGACCUAUAUGAACCGUGUGGCCUGUAUGACCCGUGUGGCCUGUAUGACCUGUGUUGCCUAUAUGACCCGUGUGGCCUGUAUGACCUGUAUGACCCGUGUGGUCUGUAUGACCCGUGUGGCCUGUAUGGCCUAUAUGACCCGUGUGGUCUGUAUGACCCGUGUGGCCAGUGUGGCCUGUAUGACCCGUGUGGCCUGUAUGACCCGUGUGGCCUGUGUGGCCUAUAUGACCCGUGUGGCCUGUAUGACCUGAGUGGCCUAUAUGACCCGUGUGGCCUGUAUGGCUUGUAUGACCCGUGUGGCCUGUGUGGCCUGUAUGACCCGUGUGGCCUGUAUGACCUGUGUGGCCUAUAUGACCCGUGUGGUCUGUAUGACCCGUGUGGUCUGUAUGGCCUGUAUGACCUGUGUGGCCAAUAUGACCCGUAUGGCCUGUAUGACCCGUGUGGCCUGUAUGACCCGUGUGGCCUGUAUGGCCUGUGUGGCCUAUAUGACCCGUGUGGUCUGUAUGACCCGUAUGGCCAGUGUGGCCUGUAUGACCCGUGUGGUCUGUAUGACCCGUGUGGUCUGUAUGACCCGUGUGGCCUGUAUGACCCGUGUGGUCUGUAUGGCCUGUAUGAUCCGUGUGGCCUGUAUGACCCGUGCGGCCUGUAUGACCCGUGUGGUCUGUAUGGCCCGUGUGGCUUGUGUGGCCUGUAUGACCCAUGUGGCCUGUAUGACCCGUGUGGUCUGUAUGACCCGUGUGGCCUGUAUGACCCGUGUGGUCUGUAUGACCCGUGUGGUCUGUAUGACCCGUGUGGCCUGUAUGACCAGUAUGGCCUGUAUGACCCGUGUGGCCUGUAUGGCCCGUGUGGCCUGUAUGACCCGUGUGGCCUGUAUGACCCGUGUGGCCUGUAUGACCCGUGUGGCCUGUAUGGCCAGUAUGACCUGUAUGACCCGUGUGGCCUAUAUGACACGUGUGGCCUGUAUGGCCUGUAUGACCCGUGUGGCCUGUAUGACCCGUGUGGCCUGUAUGACCCGUGUGGCCCUAUACAUUCUACAACAAACACGAAGCUAAACACAAAACACAAACAACCGACACAUUUCUAG